GCGUGAGGGUACAGCAGGGGGCGGGGUUACGGGGCCGGGGGUCCCGGGUGGAAGGGCCGCAAGCGCAGAGAUCAUCAUUCAGGUCAUCAUGAUCUAAGGCCAGAAAUCAAAACAAAACAAACAACUUGCUUGGAUUGACUGAAUUAUAAUUAUAAGUAAAUAUGGAAAAUGAACCAGACCAUGAAAAUGUGGAACAGAGCCUCUGUGCCAAGACUACUGAAGAAGAGCUGAAUAAGUCUUUCAAUCUUGAAGCUUCGCUUUCAAAAUUCUCUUACAUAGAUCUGGACAAGGAACUGGAGUUCAAAAAUGACCUGAUUGAUGACAAGGAGUUUGAUAUUCCUCAAGUUGAUACUCCUCCAACACUGGAAAGCAUACUCAAUGAGACUGAUGAUGAAGAUGAGUCUUUUGUUCUUGAGGAUCCUACAUUGUUAAACAUUGAUACUAUUGAUUCUCACUCCUAUGAUACUUCGUCUGUGGCAAGUUCAGAUAGUGGUGACAGGACCAACUUAAAAAGGAAGAAGAAAUUACCUGAUUCUUUUUCACUCCAUGGGUCAGUUAUGCGACAUUCACUUUUGAAGGGAAUUUCUGCCCAGAUAGUGUCUGCAGCUGACAAAGUGGAUGCUGGCUUGCCUACAGCAAUUGCAGUGUCCAGUCUGAUAGCUGUGGGUACAUCUCAUGGAUUGGCUUUAAUAUUUGGAAAAGAUCAGAAUCAAGCUUUGCGACUCUGUCUGGGUAGCACUAGUGUUGGAGGUCAGUAUGGAGCCAUCUCUGCUCUCAGUAUCAACAAUGACUGCUCAAGACUUCUCUGUGGCUUUGCUAAAGGACAGAUCACAAUGUGGGAUUUAGCCAGUGGAAAACUUCUCAGAUCAAUAACAGAUGCUCAUCCUCCAGGAACAGCAAUAUUACAUAUUAAGUUUACAGAUGAUCCAACUCUUGCCAUUUGUAAUGACAGCGGAGGCUCUGUUUUUGAAUUGACAUUUAAGAGAGUAAUGGGAGUGAGAACAUGUGAAUCUAGAUGUCUGUUCAGUGGUUCCAAGGGGGAAGUUUGCUGUAUUGAGCCUCUCCAUUCGAAGCCUGAGUUGAAAGAUCAUCCCAUCACACAGUUUUCCUUAUUGGCCAUGGCAUCCUUAACAAAGAUACUGGUCAUUGGAUUGAAACCAUCCUUGAAAGUGUGGAUGACUUUUCCCUAUGGACGGAUGGAUCCUUCCAGUGUUCCAUUGCUGGCCUGGCACUUUGUGGCAGUACAUAAUUAUGUGAAUCCCAUGCUUGCCUUCUGCAGAGGAGAUGUUGUUCAUUUUCUGUUGGUUAAGAGAGAUGAGUCUGGAGCAAUACAUGUCACUAAGCAAAAGCACCUUCACCUCUACUAUGAUCUCAUCAACUUUACUUGGAUAAACUCACGCACAGUUGUGCUCUUGGACAGCGUGGAGAAAUUGCAUGUGAUUGAUCGGCAGACUCAAGAGGAAUUGGAAACAGUGGAGAUCUCGGAAGUUCAGUUGGUCUAUAACAGCAGCCAUUUCAAAUCCCUAGCCACUGGAGGAAAUGUUAGCCAGGCACUGGCUUUGGUUGGAGAGAAGGCUUGUUAUCAAUCCAUCAGUAGCUAUGGUGGUCAGAUCUUUUAUUUGGGGACAAAAUCUGUUUAUGUGAUGAUGCUGAGAAGCUGGAGAGAGAGAGUGGAUCAUCUCCUGAAACAAGAUUGUCUUACAGAAGCCUUGGCUCUUGCAUGGUCUUUCCAUGAAGGAAAAGCAAAAGCAGUAGUGGGAUUAUCAGGGGAUGUCAGUAAGCGAAAGGCUGUUGUUGCAGAUCGGAUGGUAGAAAUCCUAUUCCACUAUGCAGAUCGAGCUCUGAAAAAGUGUCCAGACCAGGGAAAAAUCCAAGUGAUGGAGCAGCAUUUUCAGGACAUGGUGCCUGUCAUCGUUGAUUACUGCCUGCUGUUGGAGCGAAAGGAUCUUUUAUUUAGCCAGAUGUAUGACAAACUAAGUGAGAAUUCAGUGGCCAAAGGAGUGUUUUUGGAGUGCCUUGAGCCAUAUAUUUUAAGUGAUAAACUGGUGGGGAUGACCCCCCAGGUAAUGAAAGACUUGAUUGUUCAUUUCCAAGAUAAAAAGUUAAUGGAAAAUGUGGAAGCCCUCAUUGUACAUAUGGAUAUCACCAGCCUAGAUAUUCAGCAGGUAGUUCUCAUGUGUUGGGAAAAUCGUCUGUAUGAUGCUAUGAUCUAUGUCUACAACAGAGGCAUGAAUGAAUUUAUUAGUCCAAUGGAGAAACUUUUCAGAGUCAUUGCUCCUCCUCUGAAUGCAGGAAGGACGCUAACAGAUGAGCAAGUUGUUAUGGGCAACAAGCUUCUUGUAUAUAUUAGCUGUUGUCUUGCAGGCCGAGCCUAUCCCCUUGGUGACAUCCCUGAAGAUCUUGUUCCCUUGGUUAAAAACCAGGUAUUUGAAUUUCUGAUUCGCCUGCAUUCAGCAGAAGCUUCCCCCGAGGAAGAAAUCUACCCCUAUGUUAGGACUCUGCUACAUUUUGACACAAGAGAAUUUCUAAAUGUAUUGGCACUGACUUUUGAAGAUUUUAAAAAUGACAAGCAAGCUGUAGAAUAUCAGCAACGAAUUGUGGAUAUUUUGUUGAAAGUUAUGGUGGAGAAUUCCGAUUUUACUCCCUCACAAGUAGGGUGUCUCUUUACAUUCCUUGCCCGGCAGCUUGCAAAGCCUGACAAUACCUUGUUUGUAAACAGAACCCUUUUUGAUCAGGUCCUUGAAUUCCUCUGUAGUCCUGAUGAUGACUCCCGACACUCUGAAAGACAGCAGGUCCUUUUAGAAUUGCUGCAGGCUGGAGGGAUCGUUCAGUUUGAAGAGAGUCGGCUCAUCCGGAUGGCAGAAAAAGCAGAAUUCUAUCAAAUUUGCGAGUUUAUGUAUGAACGAGAACAUCAAUAUGACAAAAUAAUUGAUUGCUACUUACGGGACCCGCUAAGGGAGGAAGAAGUCUUUAACUACAUUCACAAUAUCUUAUCCAUUCCUGGACACAGUGCAGAGGAGAAGCAGUCUGUAUGGCAGAAAGCAAUGGAUCAUAUCGAGGAACUUGUGUCCCUGAGGCCCUGUAAAGCUGCAGAGCUGGUUGCCACUCACUUUUCUGAACAGAUUGAAACAGUCAUUAAAAAACUUCAGAACCAGGUUUUGCUUUUCAAAUUUUUGAGGAGUCUUCUUGACCCAAGGGAAGGUAUUCAUGUAAAUCAAGAGUUGCUGCAGAUGUCUCCAUGUGUUACAGAGCAGUUCAUUGAGCUGUUGUGUCAGUUCAGCCCAAGCCAGGUUAUAGAGACACUGCAGGUCCUUGAGUGCUACCGCCUGGAAGAAACCAUCCAGAUUACCCAGAAGUAUCAACUUCAUGAAGUCACUGCCUAUCUAUUAGAAAAAAAAGGAGAUAUUCAUGGUGCCUUCUUAAUAAUGCUAAAGAGACUACAAAGCAAACUUCAAGAGAUAACACAUCAAGAUGAAAAAACCAAAGAGGAGUUCUCACUGAAGGAUGUUGAAGAUACCAUGGUAGAGACCAUUGCCCUUUGCCAGAGAAAUUCACAUAAUUUGAACCAGCAGCAACGAGAGGCACUCUGGUUUCCAUUAUUGGAGGCAAUGAUGGCCCCUCAGAAGCUGUCUGGUUCAGCUGCACCUCAUCUACACCCUGAAGCUCUGAAAUCUUUGACCAUGCAAGUUCUAAACAGCAUGGCGGCGUUUAUUGCCCUUCCGUCAAUCUUGCAAAGAAUCUUACAGGAUCCAGUUUAUGGAAAAGGAAAACUUGGAGAAAUCCAGGGACUUAUUCUGGGAAUGUUGGAUACCUUUAACUAUGAACAAACCCUGCUGGAAACAACUACUAGCCUUCUAAACCAAGACCUCCAUUGGUCAUUGUGUAACCUGAGAGCUUCAGUCACCAGAGGACUGAAUCCCAAGCAGGAUUACUGCUCUAUAUGUUUGCAGCAGUACAAGAGACGCCAAGAAAUGGCUGAUGAAAUCAUUGUCUUCAGCUGUGGCCAUUUGUAUCACUCAUUCUGUCUGCAAAACAAAGAGUGCACCAUAGAGACUGAGGGGCAGACGAGAUGGACAUGCUACAAAUGCAGCUCAAGUAACAAAGCAGGAAAAUUAAGUGAAAAUUCAUCUGAAGUUAAGAAGGGGAAGACAGCCCCAUCCCAGGUAAAAAUGUCUCCUUCUUGUCAUCCAUCCAAAGGAGAUUCUGCUAUUAAGAAGCUCCCAGAAGCCCUCUGUGCUUCCUGUUUACCUCAACCGUGUUGUCAUUCCCCAGUCGGUAUGCACCUCCGCUGUUCCGAAAGUCUUCGCCAACUCCACGGUCUCUGUCUUCUGGGGCUCCAGUUCAUUCUGCACCUCUUCUGGCGCUGGGAAAACUUCAGUGGAGCCCUGUCACUAACAAAGUGAAGUCUGAGUUGGUUUGGAUUGACAGUGUAGGCUUUGGAUGCACCAGCAGCCCACACAUGAUCUUCAUGUUCUUUCCUUUCUUCGUUAAUCAAUAGAAAUUUCUCAUUUCCUAAACAGGACCAAUCCCAUGUCCAUCUAUCUGCUUUUGUGAUGCCUUGUUUUUAGCCUCCAAUUCAAAUUCUGCUUUAAUUCAUCCAAAAAAAUAUGUAUUGGGCACUUACUACAUAGCAGGCAUGGGUCUAAGUGCAGGAGAUCUUGUAGGGAACAAAACCAGUCUCUGCCUUCACAGAGUCCCCAUUCUGGUGACAGGGAGUAGAUAGUAAACAAAUGAAGGUAUGGUAUCUCAGAUUCUUUUUUAAGAUUGAAUGAUUUGUUUUAGGAGAGUGAGCAUGCAGGUCAGGGGAGGGGCAGAGGGAAAGGGAAAGAAUCUCCAGCAGACUCCCUUCAGAGCUCAGAGCCUGACAUGGGGCUCGAUCUCAUGACCCUGAGAUCAUGAUCUGAGCUGAAAUCAGGAGUCAGACACUUAACCAACUGAGCCACCCAGGUGCCCCCAGUAUUUCAGAUUUUGAUAAGGCUAUGGGAGAAACGCAUUGUGAGGGAGAUAAAAAGGGAGAUUGCUGUUUUAUACGGAGUGAUCAUGGAAGGUUGAUAGGUAAUAUUAUCUGUCUAAAAAAUGUGAAGGUGCAGUCCGUGGGGACAUGAGGGGAGUGAGCGUUCUAGGCAGAAGGAACAGCAAAUGCAAAGGCCUUUCCGGUGUGCCCCAGGAAUAACGAGGCCCCUGUGCAUGGGCACACAGCUUGUAGGUGUGGUGGUGAGUGCUCUUGGAGGUUCCCUCCAUCCUCGUGUUUUAGGUCACUGAGGAAAUAGAAGUUCGUGGAGUCCAUUGACAGCGUGGAGGGGGUAAGAAACAUUGGGGAUUUGAAGAGAGGGGUGAAGAAGAUAGGAAAUAAGCAUAUGGCAGAGUGAGUAGACUCAUAAACUAUAUUCUGCAGUUGCCUAAAAGUUUUUGAAAGUCCAUUUUUUUAGGCAUAAUGAGAUUAUUAAUUGUUGCCACCACAGGUCUUCCCCAGGUUUGUUGCCUUUUAAAGCACAUUAGGCAAGAGCGGCCAAGCAUGGACAGGUAGAAUAUACGGGUAUCAGAGACUUUACAUCCAUCUGGGGACAAUUAUUUUGUGAGGGAGGAAAAUGGGUAGACAAGCCAAACAAAAAUUACUGUGUUCCUUUACUUAAUGACACAGCGUGACGUGGCACUAACAUUAUGGAUGGGGGCGGAGUCCUCAGGUCCACGCGCUCCCAGCCCACUGAGCAGCUCAGAUGGCCCAUGGGAAGUCCGUAAUACCUUAUACAUCCAUAGUGCCUUAUGUUUGUCUAAACAGUAGAGAAAAUACCUGCAUAGCCUACUUCGUGAGGCUCUUGUGAGGGAACUGGAGUGGUCUCUGGCUUUAUUCUAGUUACUUUCAUGUUUAAUGCACACAUUAGCCCGAUGUGUGCGUGAGCCUUUAUUGUCUCUAACUGAGGCAUGAGAAUACUGACCCAUUAGGUAGGUCUAAUCCUAUAGCCCACUGUCGCACGUUGGUGACAACUAACUAACAUCAAGGCUAUCAACACAACUAAUUAGUGUCACUAAUGAGUGUCAGAGCCAAGUUCAGAAUUUCUUCUCUGAUGGCAGAAAAUAUUCAUGACCACCUAGUGUAUGUACCAAACUGUCUUCACAUUAUGUGUUGUGUGUGAGGUCUCUCACUGAAGAACUUAGCUUUAGUUCUUCCCCCCACCCAUGUAGUUAACAUACCAUGUUGUGUUAGUUUCAGGUGUACAGUAUAGUGAUUCAGCAAUUCUGUGCAUUACUCAGUGCUCAUCAUAACUAUACUCUUUAAUCCACUUUAACUUUGUCACCCAUCCCCCCGACCUCCCCUCUGGUAACCAUCAGUUC